AUGGCGGAUCAGUGGAACAAYUUUUGGCGKGGUCAUUUGCCACAACAAGCUCAGGUCAAUAGACAGUAUGAACACUGGCAAGGUCAACAGAGUGUACAAUCCACAAGUCCUCGGCCAUUAAUGAAAUGUAAUGUUCAAUAUCCYUUUCAACCACGACAAUCUUUUCGACAAAACAUGCCUGGCCGCCCACCACCUCCACAACGACCCUUGAAUAGAAACUACUCGCCACGAAACGUUCAUCCCCCAACAGUAGAUCAAACUAGACUUGCUGGRUUUGAGGCAGAAAAGCGAUUCACWAACUCUAAAGAAAGAAUCCAUAAUGUUCUUCAAAAUGCGACAAAAACCCAUCAUAAGUUGAACUACAGAUAUCAGAGAGUUAACAGCCAAGUUUGGAAAGCAACGGUUGGCGUGCCUUGGCCAAGCAGUUAUUUUGARGUUACWGGUGAAGGAUGUGAUAARAAACAAGCRGAGAGACGAGCUGCUGCUUUAGCAUUACUCAGGCUUGAGGAAAUGGGAUUCCCAGUAGGAAGCUCAGGAACAUCAAUUUUAUCCAAAAAAGAAGAAAUCAACAGAGACGAUGAACCAGAGGAAAUUCAAAUACCUGAAUGUUUUUUCUACCCCUUUCAACAAGUCAAAGGUUAUUUCAAGACCCACAGUAUAUCGCUCAUCCCUCUUUCCCCCUCCCCUCCCCUUCCCUCCCCUCUCCUCCCGUCCCCUCCAAAAAUGAUGAACACUUCCUAA